CAUAGAAACUGCAAUGGCGUCAAAAUGGUGGAACUAUCACAAACAAAAUAUUUCUCUCGAUAGAAUUUUUCUCAUGACCAAAAAAAAUUAGCGCAAUCAACAUAACAUACAAGACUUUUAAUGCUUAACAGUUCUUUCUGAUAAAAUAAUUAUGUGAAAAUCUUGACUAUGUCACAGACUAAAGUAGUAAAAGUUGAGGAAGUUGAGAUACGACCAGAUUCAUAUUCACUGGGAGAAAGGUUUUCAAGUCAAGAAAAAUUUAAUAAUGCAGUUCAAGAAAUUGAGGCAACAUUUAUUGGUUCAAGUGGUGAUGGUCUAAAUGAGGAGGAGCUUUCAGAAACUGCAGAUAAAGUUUAUCCACUGCCUGAAAACUGGCCAAAGAUACCUCAAAUUUUCCGUCGUAAGAGUUGUGAACUAACAAAAGCCACCUCACCAUGUGUAAAGAAGGCAGUUUCUCAUCUAGAACUUAUACAAAACAUAAUAGAAGAGUGGUUCAGAGAAAGAGACGAGGAACAGAAGAGUAGACCAUCUUCUGUAAGACCAGUUGCAAGUAAGAAGCAAUUGAGAUUUUCUGGUGCUAGUGGAAAUCAUAAUGUCAUCAAAUCAAUAGGAAGUGCUAAAGGGAGACAAAGUGCAGCAUCAGGUCGGACAACAAUAUCACUUUCAUCAGCCAAUCAACUUUCAAUCACAGGCAUUGGGGCCAUUAAAGAAGAGGAUGGUGCCUUAUUACCAUAUUUAGGAGCUGAAGAUGUGUUGGAUGAAGUCGUUACCCUACUUGCCAGAUUAGAAAAUGAUAGAGUAGAAAUUUUAAAAUCACUUGAAAAUGAGAAAGAAAAAGUUGUUAGAUUGAAUGACAAGAUAGACCACCUAUGUUUAGUCAGGAUGAGGGAAUUACCAAUAGCUGUACAAAGAGAGCACGAAGCAUGCAUCAUGGACUUGAAUGAACUAACAUGGCAUGUUUCCUACAGUAGUAGAACAGAGAAAAGAAUACAUCAGAGAACUCAUACUGCUGAAGUUAAUAACCAAAGAUUAAAUGAAGAAAUAUCUUUUGUACAGAGACACAUACCUCUAGUAAAAGAAAAGUUACAGUUAGAGAUACAGGCAAUGGAAAGUAUCAAGAAUGCACAGUCAAAGACUUAUGUAGAAUUAGAUAAUACUCAAAAGAGAAGGCAUAAAACAGAAGCAAAGUCCAAUGAUGCUGUGGAAAAAGCUACUACAGAAAGAAAUCAUAUAAAACGAGAACUUGAUGUAGUUAAAGAAUCAUUGGAUAAAAUAAGUGAUGAUUAUGCUCAGUCCAGAUUGACAUAUGAUACAUACAUCAAACAGAUCAAUGACAUCAAAGCCAAACUUAUCGCAAAUGAUAUGGAAAUUAAAGUCCUUCAUGUCAAAAAUGAAAAUGCUAAAGUUGCUGAGGAAAUGAAGGCCAAACAGGUUAGGGAACUACAAACACAGAUCACGGAAGCUGAAUUUGAACAUGAUCGACUUGAUAAUGAAAAUUUACAGUUACAGAGUGAACUGGAUACUAGAAAACAUAAAAUGAACAAACGAAUAUCAGAGUUAGAAAGAGGAGCCAAUGUUAGAGAUGCUAGGCUAAGAAACAUCACAUUAAAGAAUAAAGAGGCUGAAAUGGAAGUCCAGGAUUAUAUGGAUAAAAUCAGUGACUGCCAAAGACAGAAGGUGGCUGAUGAGAAGAACAUCUCUCGUAUCCACAAAGAACAAGCAAGGUUACAACAACAAAUGGCUGUGACAGAGGAUGAAUAUAAAAAAAUAUCAAUCAUUAACUCUGCUGUUAGAGAUCAGUUGUUAGGGGAACAGGAAAAAGCAUUUAAAAUGGAGGAAUCGCUCAAGGCUACUGCUGAAACACUAAGGAGACAAGUGAAGGAUGAACUACACACUAAAUCUGUCCUUGUAGCCAGGAUUAAUUCUGAUUCCACUGAUCUAGUCAAGUAUAAGAAAGACACAACACAAAAGAGAGAUAAGUUCAGGAGAAGAAAAGUUUUAGAGGAGAUAGCAUCUAGCUCUGAGGAAAGUGAUGAGGAGGAAGAGGAGGUUGAUGAAAUUCAAAAACAAAUUGAUUCAAUGAAUAAUGAGGCAGCUAAAGCACAGAAAGUAGCCAAUGAAGUGCAGACAGCUGUUCAUACUGUUUUAACUAAAGUAGAAAAACUCAGAUCAACAAAGAAGGAAAAAACAGAGGCCAAGGACAAAAUAAGGCAACAGAUGGAAGAGACAGAAAAACAAAAAGAAGAAUCAAGGAAUAAAUUUAUGGAGCAAAUUAAUAACUUGGAACCUCACCAUACUCAUCUUAAGGAUGAUGUGACAAAGUUAGAAAAGAGAUUAGACUAUAUGGAAUGGAAGACAGAACAGAUGAACAAACAAAUACAUGAUAUGGACAGGGAAGAGGUUACCUUUAAAAAACUGGUGGACAAUGCACAAAAAGCCAUAGUUGACUUAGAAGAAAGAAGACAAGAACUAGAUUUACAAAUGGAAGCUUUAAAAAAGAUUGAAGAUGACCUGAAGAAAAGCUAUGAAGAAGUCCUAGGAAGAAUCAGAGACAAUGAAGCUUCCCACAGAAAAUUGAUAGAGGAAAGAAAGAAAUUCUUAGGGGAUUCAGAGGUGCAGAAAUCUCACAAACUAGAGAUUAAUAAAGAACUGGCAUCUAAAUAUAGACGGUUACAGAAUGAACACAUGAUUGUCAAAGAUAAAAUGAUGAAUAAUUUUGAUGACAGGGUUAAGAUUGAAGUACAAAUUAAAGACACAACACAGUUACAAGCAUUACAGAGGAGGAUGCAUGUAGCCAUGUUAGCUUACUUGAAGUAUAGAGGGCUCUACAACAGAUCUGAACUGGACAGAAUGGAGACAGAGACAGACCAAAACAGUGAACAAGUACAACAUCUACAGGUCAAGAUGGACGAGGCUAUAAAACAAAUCACAGAGUUCCUCCAGACUCAAGUGCAAGGUGGUGCUGCAGCUAAACGUGUGGCAUGGGGGUCUGUAGGGAAAACUUCAAGAGGAGUUGGACUUUCACAGCCUCCUAGUAGACAACCAACUGUUGUUGAAGCAUAAGUUAUAGCAUUUAAAUAUUAUACUGAAAUGUGAUCAAACAUUUUGUGUGAAACUGAGGCUUUAAAAGCCAUUAUUUUUUUCAGAAAUACUUUUAGAAAUAUGUUGUUGACAGUCUGCUUUGUCCAAAUUUCAAAUAUUAGUAGUAUUGAACUAUACAUAUAUUUUCUAAAAAAUCUUAUAUGAAACAAAAUAAAUGGAAUCUAUCCUGCAAAGGCCAUUUUUACUAUUCAAAGCAGGAGUACAAAAUUUGUAUAGUAUAGAAAUAUUGUCUUCAUGUAUCCUGCUUCUAUUGUCAGGGAACGAUCAUAUUCAAAUUAUGAAGCAUGUUUUGUGACCUCUUUAUUGUGUCUGCAAAGGCUAUGUUGACUUCUUAGAAAAAAAAAAAUAGAUAACAGGGAAUUGUAACACAUAUCAUUUAUCCGAGGAUAACACAAUAUGCAGACAAUGUCCGAAAACUGUACUCUGUUCAAAACAGAAAAAAGCCUUGCAAGCCUUGCUUUUCUUCCUGUUUUAGAAGCUCACAUAAAUAAAUUUCUUUUCGACAAUGUAUGUACAGUAUAUAUUUAAGAAUAUUUGCUGUUGAUAUCUUAUAGAAACAUAUUAAAUGGAAUAGUUGAGAAAGUUGGUUAGGAUAAAGAAAAAUUAUAAAAAAAAUUGAAAGGAGCAUUUUAAAGAUAUCCUGGGUUUCUUAUGCAUGCAUGGUUAUCUGUCCUUUGUAAUGUUGCUCCCGAGGGACAUGUAUUUGUAUUCAUAAGAACUUUUUAUUCUGAGAAUUAUUAAUUAUAGUUGUUGGUAUGUAUUUUCUUAAGACUUUUUUGGUACUAUCAGGGUUCUCAGAAACAAUGUUUGUGCAAUUAUAAUAUAUAUACUAUAUGAAAUAUAUUUUGUGAAGGAAUAAAAAAAUCUUGCAACUGCUGUCACAGGAUUAUAUACCUCAAGCUUACAUGAAACUGGGUUCAUUUAGAGUGUUGUGAGAUAUAUGAAUAAUCUUUCUUCAAACAACUGCUAAUUUUAUAUUUUUGUUCUGAUAAUAAUGGUGUUCUUUGAUAAAAGUGCACAUAUUUCCCUAUGAAAUUCUAGUUCUUUGAAACAGUUUGUAGUAUUUUAUGAAACAACCAGAUUAAGUUAGAACAUUAGUUUUUUUAAAACUUAUUUGUAUUAAUUUAAUAUUUAUUAUCACUUUAAUAGAAAAGAUGGUGUUAUUUGAAUUUCAGAAUAUUUACAAAUAAACAAAGCAAUUUAUAUUUAUACAUGAUUUAACUGUGGAUUAUUGAUUCCUGUACAAAAGUGAUGAUUGACUUUUUAUCUCUGAUUGGUUAUAAAGUUGAUAGCUAUCAACCAUUUCAUAAUGAACCAAAUGUCUAAUUUAUAAUUUUUAAAACAAUCAAUAAUUUUUACACUGUUCCGUCCUUUGAGCAUUUUUGAAAGUGCCUAAUUGUGAUUUUUUACUAUGUGCUCCUUUAUUUCAAGCAUUGCCAAUGUAUGAGUGUUUCAACACUUAGAAUUCUGUGAUAAAUUUGUGCUAUUAAUGUUGAUAUGUAAUAAUAAAAAGAUAAAAAUGUC